AUGGAGAUGUUCUCCUUCCCCAGGUACGAGGUGGACGAACUCCUGGUCCACAUCCGUAACAACAUCCUAACGGGAGCGAACGGGAAGAACCUCUCCAAGGCAGAUCUCUAUCCAAACCCCAAGCCCGAGGUCUUACGUGCGAUCUUCGUGCGAGUGCUGGAAACGGUGAACGGGAUGCAGCCAGAGGACUUCUACAAGCUGCCUGCCGGCUCGGAGGUGUCGAACCCACAGCUCAUGCAGGGCUUUCUGCCAGUCAGCAACUUGUUCCGACACCUGAAGCCCUUCAUGCUCAUCUGUCGGGUCAGUGACUUCGAGAUGGUGGAUAUUCUGCACCCAAAAGCCAAACGGACCAUCCGGUUUCUCAGCGCCGUAAUCAACUUCAUCCACUUCCGGGAGUCUCGCCGAGAGACCUACACGGAAUUCCUUUGGCAAAAUGAAUCUUCCGCGAGCAAGAUGGGUCAGCUCGAGAACGCCCACCAGGAGGCGCUGCAGAGGCUAGAACAGCUGCACUCGAUCCCCGUCGACCAGCAAACUGAGCUCCAGCAGCUGUCAGACGAGAUCCAUGACCUGCGCCAGACACUGAGUCACCUACAACAAAAAUCGACAGAUGCACAGGAGACAAACACGCAGAAGAAAUACCAAAUCUCCCAGAAAACCAAGCACCUGAAUGAGCUGAAGCUCUCGCUGGCCUCCACCAGAGAGCGACAGGACACCUUGAAGACCAAGAUCAUCGAUUCGCCAGAAAAGCUGAAGAACGAGCAGAUGAAGGACACGAUUCAGAAGCUCAAGGCCUCCCGGCGAGAGGUGAUGGACAGGUUGGACCAGUACCAUGACGUGGUAGCGGGUCUGCCCGAGUGUCAGCUGGAGCUGCAGCAAUGCCUGAGGAAGACGCAGGAGCUGGCGGACAGCAGGGACCGGAGGGCCCAGAUCUCCCAGGAAAACCUGAUGCUGGAGGACCAGAUGGAGAGCGCCCAGCUGGCCCUGAGGAAGAUGAAGGUGGAGGAGGGCACGCUCCGGCGGCAGCGGGCGGCCAAGGAGGAGAAGCUGGCCACCGCCCAGCUCAGGGCCGGCACGAGGCGGCAGGACACAGAGCGGGACAAGCGUGCGCUCACCGAGGUCUGUCAGAGGCUGCAGGAGAAGCGGGGGGCAGUCUGCAAGCGCAUGGUGGCCGUCACCCAGGAGGCGCAGCGGGUGAAGCUCAUGACCCAGCAGCUGCGGGACACAGCCGAAUGGGAGCACCUCAAGGCCCGCGAGAUCUCCCACAACCUCAAGGCCGGGCUAGAGAAGUACCACGAGGGACUCGAGAGGGCGUCGGCUGAGGGGCAUGCAUCUCUCCGGAGGAAGGCGGAGAGGCUUCGAGCGCGGAUCCCCCUCAACGGGCUCAUUUCCAGGGGUGACCAGGUGCAGGACUGA